AUGGCGACUGCGUCACAAGCAGACUCCAGACGUAAGUAUUCUUGGUGGUGGGACAGCCACAUAAGCCCGAAGAAUUCAAGAUGGCUUCAGGAAAAUCUUACAGAUAUGGAUGCCAAAGUCAAACACAUGAUCAAGCUAAUUGAAGAAGAUGCAGAUUCCUUUGCUAGGAGGGCAGAGAUGUAUUAUAAAAAACGCCCAGAAUUAAUGAAAUUGGUGGAAGAGUUCUACCGAGCAUACCGUGCAUUAGCUGAAAGAUAUGAUCAUGCAACUGGGGCACUCCGCCAGGCUCAUCGGACCAUGGCAGAAGCAUUUCCCAACCAAGUUCCCCUUGCACUUGGAGACGAGUCUCCUGCAGGUUCCUCUGCUAGUGAGGCUGAUCCCCGUACACCUGAGAUGCCACCCCCUAUACGGGCAUUAUUAGAUCUUGAGGAAUUGCAAAAAGAUGCUCUGGGGCUCUCAUCCCAUUUCCAUGCUGUCAAAAGGAAUGGAGCAUUUACAGAAGAAUCUGACUCUGCACCAAGCAGAAAGGGCUUGAAACAGCUAAAUGAUCUAUUUGGGUCUGGAGAAGGAAGGGCGAAGAAGGGCCUCAAUUUUCAUGACACUGAAGAAAGGGAACACCGCAUGCAUAACAACGGAAUCCAUGACCUCAAGGCUCGAUCCUUGUCUGAGUCUGAUCAACUGGGUAAAGCAGAGACAGAAAUUUCAAACUUAAAGAAUGCCCUUGCUAAGUUAGAAGCCGAAAAGGAAGCUGGCUUACUUCAAUACCAACAGUGUUUAGAGAGAUUAAGUAUUUUGGAGUCUGAAGUCUCUCGUGCACAUGAGGAUUCCAGGGGACUGAGUGAACGAGCCAGCAAAGCUGAAGCUGAAGUUCAAACUUCGAAGGAAGCACUUACCAAGUUAGAGGCCGAAAGGGAUGCUAGUCUUCUUCAGUAUCAGCAAUGUUUGGACAAAAUCUCCAGUCUGGAGAACAGUAUCUCUUGUGCCCAAAAGGAUGCUGGAGAGCUCAAUGAUCGAGCCAGUAAAGCCGAAACUGAAGCUGGAGCUCUAAAGCACGAUCUUACAAGGGUGGCAGAUGAGAAAGAAGCUGCACUUGCACAAUAUAAACAAUGUCUGGAGAUGAUAUCAAAUCUGGAGGAUAAAAUACUUCAUGUUGAGGAGGAUGCCAGAAGGAUUAACGAGCGAGCUGUCAAAGCUGAACAUGAAGUUGAAACUUUGAAGCAAGCAAUUGCCACAUUAAAUGAAGAAAAGGAAGCUGCUGCUCUCCAGUACGACCAGUGCUUGGAAACCAUAUCUAGUCUGGAGCAUAAGCUCUCUUGUGCCCAAGAAGAGGCCCAACGGCUACACUCUGAAAUAGAUGACGGAGUUGCGAAGUUAAAGGGUUCUGAAGAGAAGUGUCUUCUGCUGGAAAAAUCAAAUCAGACUCUCCAGUCUGAGUUGGAGUCUUUGGUGCAGAAAAUGGAAUCUCAAGGUGAAGAGCUUACAGAGAAGCAGAAGGAGUUAGGUAGACUCUGGACUUGCAUACAAGAAGAGCGUUUGCGAUUCAUGGAGGCUGAAACUGCUUUCCAAACGCUGCAACAUUUGCAUUCUCAAUCCCAGGAGGAACUUAGAUCUCUGGUUUCUGAGCUUCAGAAUGGAGCUUUAAUUCUUAAGGACAUGGAGACUCGUAAUCAGGGUUUGGUGGAUGAAGUCCAGAAGGUGAAGGAGGAAAACAAGAGCCUAAGUGAGCUCAAUUUGUCUUCAUCAAUGUCAAUAAAAAAUCUACAAGAUGAAAUCUUAAUCUUGAGGGAGACAGUUAGGAAACUUGAAGAGGAAGUUGAAAUUCGAGUGGACCAAAGAAAUGCUCUUCAGCAAGAGAUAUACUGUCUGAAAGAGGAACUCAAUGACCUGAACAAGAAACACCAAGCAAUGCUAGAGCAGGUAGAGUCAGUUGGCUUGGAUCCAGAGUGCCUUGGGUCAUCUGUGAAGGAAUUACAGGAUGAAAAACUACAGCUAAAACAGAUGUGUGAGGCUGAUAGAAGUGCGAAAGUGGCCCUGUUAGAAAAGUUAGAAAUCAUGCAGAAACUUCUGGAGAAAAAUGUUCUUUUGGAGAAUUCCCUUUCUGAUUUGAACGUUGAGUUAGAUGGGGUUAGAGGGAAGGUAAAGGAGUUAGAAGAAUCAUGUCAGUCUCUUCUGGAAGAAAAAAGCACUCUUCUUGCUGAAAAUGCCGCCCUAAUUUCCCAAUUACAGAUUAUGACUGAGAAUUUGAAGAAAUCAUCAGAGAAGAAUAACUUUUUGGAGAAUUCCCUUUGUGAUGCAAAUGCUGAACUUGAAGGCUGGAGGGUUAAAUCAAAGAGUUUAGAAGAGUCAUGCCUAUUGCUUGAUAACGAGAAGUCUGGUCUGAUGACUGAGAGAGAAAGCUUAGCUUCUGAGUUGGACACUACUAGGCAAAGACUGGAAGAUCUGGAAAAAGGAUAUGCAGAAAUAGAAGAGAAACUCUCUGUUCUGGAGAAGGAAAGAGAAUCAGCACUUCAUAAAGUGGAAGAGUUACAUGUUUGCUUAGGUUCUGAGAAGCAAAAACAUGUCAGUUUUGUUCAGUUGAGUGAAACCCAGAUGGCUGGUAUGGAAUCACAGAUCUCUCAGCUCCAAGCAGAAGGUAUGUGCAGGAAGAAAGAAUACGAAGAGGAACAAGACAAAGCUGUGAAUGCGGAGAUUGAAAUCUUUGUCUUGCAAAAAUGUGUAGAAGAUGUGGAAGAAAAGAACUUGUCUCUCAUGUUUGAGCGUCAGAAUCUCUUGGAGGCAUCCAGAAUGUCAAAGAAACUGAUUUCUGACCUAGAGCAUGGAAAUCUUGAACAACAGACGGAGAUUAAAUCUCUCCUUUUGCAAACGGAAGUACUGAGAAUGGGACUGUAUCAGGUGUUGAAGGCUGUUGACGUUGAUGCAAACCUUGGGUAUGGAGAAAAGGUUGAGCAAGACGAAAUGCUUCUUAACCAUAUACUUGUCAAACUUCAGGACACGCAAAAUUCUCUCUCUGUUAUUCGUGAUGAAAAUCAGCAGUUGGUUAUUGAGAAGUCAGUUCUCAUAGAAAUGCUUGACCAACUGAAACUCGAUGCGGGAAAUCUUACGAGAGAAAGAAACACCCUGGAUGGAAAGUUCAGGAUCCAAUCUGAGAAGUUCUUGGUGUUGCAGAGUGGGGCUCAAGGACUUCAGGAGAUGAAUGAAGAAUUGAAAUUGAAAGUAGUGGAGGGUGAUCACAGAGAGGAAGUAUUGAGGACCGAAAUAGAUAAUCUGCAUGAGCAGUUCUUGGACUUGCAAAGUGCAUACAAGAGUCUAUUGGAAGAGAAUUCCAAGAUACUUGAAGAUAAAGGAGCUUUGACAAAAAUGGUAUUGGAUUUGGGGGAAGAGAAGCAUAACCUAGAAGAGGAGAAAUGUGUCAUGUUUGGUGAAACAAUAUAUCACAGUAACCUUUCCCUUGUUUUCAAGGAUUUUAUUUCCAGAAAGCUACUGGAACUAGAAGAGCUCGGUGACUAUUUGGAUAAACUUCAUCUUGGUAAUAAUGACUUGGAAGAUAAGGUAAGAAUAUUGGAGGGGAAGUUGGGAGUUAUACGAAUGGAAAGCUUACAUCUGAAGGAGUCAUUAAUUAGGUCAGAGAAUGAGCUGGAAGUAGUUAAAUCUGUCAAUGAUCAAUUGAAUGGUGAAAUUGCAAAUGCAAAGGAUGCGUUGUCUCAUAAAGAAAAUGAGCUUCUGGAAGCAGAGCAGAUCUUCAAUGCACUUCAGAGUGAAAAGAAAGAGUUGCAUACAUUAGUGGAAGAUCUGAAUGGUAAGUAUGAUGAGGCUAAGGUGGUACUAGAAGAUCAAGAGAAGCAGAUUGUCCAACUAUAUGCAGACAAUGAUCAUCAUGCCAAAGAGACUGGAUGCCUUCGUGAAGCGAAUCAAGAGUUGGAGUCAGAACUGCAGAAAAUGCAUGAAGAAGCUGAAAAAACUAAAAUUAAAGAGGAAGGUUUGAUCAAUGAACUGCAAAAGGGAAGAGAAGAGGUAGAAAUGUGGUUGACUCAGGCUGCCACGUUUUUUGGUGAACUGCAGAUCUCCACCAUUCGUGAAACAUUGUUUGAAGGAAAGAUCCGCGAGCUCAUUGAAGCAUGUCAGAUCCUUGAAGACAGAAGCAAUUCCAGAGGUAUGGAGAGCAAAACUAUGAAAGAAAGAAUCAGCACUCUGGAAUACGAAAAUGGAGGGCUACAAGCUCAGUUGGCUGCCUAUAUUCCAGCUGUCAUCUCUUUGGAGGAGAGUACAACAGCACUUGAGAAGCAUGUGCUUGCAGACGCCACAUCUCAUAAACUAGACACAGAAAAAUCAGAGGAUGACUUUCUGCAUGCUGAAAGCUCUCAUUUGGAUGGAGAUCAAGUGGCCACGGUAUCAGAUGGUGUUUCAGACUUGCAGGAUUUACAAAGAAGAAUUAAAGCUAUUGAAAAGGCAAUGGUGGAAAAGGAAAGGCAUUUUUCCGCAAAUCAGGUAGAAAAGAAAUUCGGGGAUGGGGUUGGUAACACUAUGAAGAAGCGUGAAAUAUCUGGUUCAGGAAAUGAAAUUCUGACAAAAGACAUCAUUCUUGAUCAGAUAUCAGAGUGUUCAUCCUAUGGGAUAAGCAGAAGAGACACCAUAGAGGCUGAUGGUCAGAUGCUUGAGUUGUGGGAAACCACUGACCAGGAUGCCAGCAUUGAUUUGAUGGUUGGCAAGGGCCAGAAGGUGGACGCUGUAGCAACUGACCAGAGUCAGACUGAAGCAGUAAAGGCACACAAGAAUAAAUAUUCCUCUUCAGAAUCAUUGGUUGAGAAGGAAUUGGGCGUGGACAAAUUAGAGCUCUCUAAGAGAUUUACAGAGCCCCAUCAAGAAGGCAACAAGAGAAGGAUUCUAGAAAGACUUGAUUCUGAUGUACAAAAGUUGACAAACCUUCAAAUAACUGUGGAAGACUUGAAGAGGAAGGUGGAGAUUACUGAAAAGAGCAAAAAGGGCAAAGGUAUUGAAUUUGAAAACGUGAAGGGGCAGCUGGAAGAAGCUGACGAGGCCAUCACUAAGUUGUUUGAUGUCAAUCAAAAAUUGAUGAAGAACGUUGAAGAUGGUCCUCAGUUCUCUGAUGGAGCUUCGGGUGUAGUGUCGGAUGAAGGUGGGAGUGUGAGGAGGAGGAGACUUUCAGAGCAAGCAAAAAGAGGGUCUGAAAAAAUCGGGCGGCUACAGUUGGAGGUGCAGAAACUGCAAUUUCUUCUACUGAAACUUGAUGGUGAAAAAGAAAGCAGAGGAUCAACAAGGAUCACGGAGCGGAAAACAAGAGUUCUUCUGAGGGACUAUAUCUAUGGUGGCAAUAGAACUAACCAGAAACGCAAGAAAGCGCCCUUCUGUGCAUGCAUACAGCCCCCAACCAAGGGAGAUUGA